AUGAAAAUAAUACACCAGCAUGGAUAUUCGGUGGAGGAGUUGUCCAUGUAUCGUAUGACCAUAUAUAAAAACCUCGUGGAUUGCGCGAAGGCUCUCAUUGCGGCAAUGCGGCAAUUCGACAUUCAACCAACGAUACCUCUGAACUACGAACGUAUCGAUUAUCUGGUUGAUUACCAAGUGGUGACGGAGCCCCCAACAAUAGACCCAGAGGUCGGGAUAGCAAUACAGUCGUUAUGGAAGGAUCCAAGCAUGACUGCGGUGAUGGAGAGACAAAGCGAGUUCUACUUGAUGGAUUCCGCACCAUAUUUUUUCGAGGAGGCGGAUAGGAUAGCCACGCACGAUUAUAUACCGACCGAGGCGGAUGUGCUCAGAGCGCGAACCAAGACGACGGGCAUAUACGAGACGAGGUUUACAAUGGGCUCGUUGAGCAUGCACAUGUUUGAUGUGGGUGGCCAACGGAGCGAGAGGAAGAAGUGGAUUCAUUGCUUCGAGAACGUGACAUCGAUCAUUUUCUGCGUCGCAUUGAGCGAAUACGACCAGGUGCUUUUAGAAGAGAGCAAUCAAAAUCGUAUGAUGGAGAGCCUGGUGCUUUUUGAUUCCGUGGUCAACUCGAGAUGGUUCAUGCGGACGAGUAUUAUUCUCUUCUUGAACAAGGUCGAUUUGUUCCGGCAGAAGCUUGGAAGGUCGCCUCUCAGCAAUUACUUCCCGGAUUAUUCGGGAGGAAACGAUAUCAACCGAGCUUCGAAAUAUCUUCUUUGGCGUUUUAACCAAGUCAAUCGAGCACAUCUAAAUCUAUAUCCUCAUCUAACCCAAGCAACCGAUACGUCCAAUAUCAGACUCGUCUUCGCAGCGGUAAAAGAAACCAUCCUACAAAACGCGCUCAAGGAUUCCGGAAUCCUAUGA